AUGAAUACCGAUAGUAUUAAAAAUAAAUCGUCAGGUCAUCAACCUAUUUCUUUGAUAAGACAGCAUAGGUUUGAAGAUACAUUUGCCUUAUUUAUUGUAUUUUUAAGUUUUAAUCAUUUCACAUCACUAUGUAUGUUAAUGAUAUUUAUUGUGACUACCAGAACCCGUCGUGUGAUAGCGAAUAGUUUUAUCACCUUAUGUUUAUUUAAGCGUCCAUCUCCAUCUAUUGAUGACAUUACCCAUCGAGAUUCAUAUCCUAAUCAACAGGAAGCGUCAUUUGCCUCUCCAAAGUAUCUAAAUCUAUCUAAAUCACAUCCUCAUCACAGCCAUCAUCAUUCCCAAGUACAAGGUAAGAAAAUAGCUCGUGUUCCUACAGCCAAUACAGUUAAUGGUAAUAAUUUUAGCUCUAACCUAAAUAGUGCUUAUCAACUUAAUCAUCAAAAUAGCAUCCCUAAUAUGAGAUUAAAACAACAAGAUCGAAAACAUUAUCGUUCACAUCAUUCUAAGCUCUCUCCAAUGUCUGUGUUAAUUGAAAUAUUAGUCGCUACACUAGCAAGAAUGUAUGCUGGAAAUUAUUUUAUCAUUCCAAUUGAAAAUUUGGCAGUGUCUAUAAUUGCCUCAUCCUUAAUUAAUGACCCCAAUGAAUGUCUAUCAUUUGCCACUUCAUGUUCUGUGUUAUAUGCUAUAUCCGUAAAUAUAUUGAAAAGAUUUUAUAUACUAUUAGCAUUAUCAAAGACAAAUUCAAUAUCAGGUUUUAUAUUUUUUUAUUUGAAUAGUAAUAGCAACAUUCAUAUUAAUUAUAUUAAAAAGUUUAUUGAAGUUGUGACAAGGCAAUUUGAUUAUUUACCAAACUGGGAGUUUCUAAAUAUUAAAUAUAUUAGAAUCAUCCGUUAUUAUUUAUCGUUUUAUAUUGUUGUGAAUCAAUUUUCUAGAAAAGCAUUCAUUAUCCAUACAUCACAUGAUUUUCCUUCUCUAGCUAUGCACCUAGACGUAAACAAAGGAAUUUUAAAAAAUAAUCAGAACAUGGCAAAUUUUGGCGUAGAUUCUUCACCAAAUCUAAACGUUCAAAACUCUGUAGAUUCUGUAUCCAUCUAUCAACAAUCACAUUCCUCAAAUCAAAUGUCUUCAAACAAUAACAAUAAUAGCAAUAUACAAUCUACGCAUUCACUUAAUUCGAAAGGAUUGUCACCUUAUUUUAGUAAAAUAGUUAAAAGUAUUAAAUCAUUUGAGCCUGCUGUAACUACUCGAUCAGAUAAUGAACUGCAGUCCCCUAAUACUACUAUAUUGGCAUCAGCUGGAUCAAAUAUGAAAAGAUCAAUGGAUAAUGUUGACAAUAUUCAGAAUUUUACUAAUCAAUUAUAUGAGUUAAAUGUCGAUUUGGAUUCUCCUGUUAAUGUUAUUAAUAAUUUGAAAGAUGAUAUUAAUAUUACUACAAAUUUGGAAAAUUUUAUUCACUAUUUAUUUAAAAAAAAUGCACAAUACAUUAUUUCCCCACUAUGGGCGAUAUUUGUUACAUGGAGAACAACAAACUUUGAAAAGAAAAUCUUAAGAGAUACAAACUUUGUGACAAAUGAUAAAGAUAAUAGUAAUAGUCAGCUUAGAUCAAUAAAAAAUGAAGGCUCUGCUACCCAUGAUAGUGUUGAUAUUAAUAGUAGGAAUUCUAUCAAUAAAAAAUCUUCAGACCCAAUUAAUAAGAGUGUUUUCAAUAUUAGUGAUUCAAACUCAAUGGCAUUGAUUGCACAGAAUAAAUUCGAUGAUUAUGAUCAAUUAAAUUUGAUUAAGUUCAACAAUAAUAUAUUUAAUAAUAAAGAAAAUGAAUAUAAGGUUUGUAUUAUCGAUAUUGGUACACAUAGUUUAACGUUUCAUAUUGAAAAUUUAACUGAUGGAGAGUUGAUUGUAUUAGUCAAUGGUAUAAUAUGGUCAGAAGUAUCAUGUGCUUUAAUUUUGGAACAUUCUGGUGAAGAAUAUGUCGUCGUUAGUGGUUUAGUGCCAUCUUGCUCAUAUGAUAUUCAAUUUGUUAAUAGAUUAAGACACAAGGAUGAUUACUUGAUAUGUGAUUUGAUUGUUAGGACCAUGAGUCUAAAGGCAAAUAAAUAUGAAGUAGCAAAUAGUCUAGGGUCUUCUUCAAACCAAUUUGAAAAAUUAGAUUUUAGUUUUCCAUCAUAUUAUCAUAGAAAAUUUUUAUCCCCGUUAUUAACUCUUAAGCAUUCUAUCUUGACCACUAAUGCCAAUCUAACUGAAGAAAAAACUAAGUUAAAAAAGACAAAGAAAGAAGUAAACAAAAAAUUGGCAUCAUUAAGACAGGAAAUUGAUUAUCUAAAGUCGAAGAUAAAACAAAAUGAAACCAAUGAUGAAAAAAAUGCAUUUAAGAUUGAAAAUUUGAAAACUACUAUUCAACAAAAUGAAUCAACAUUAAAGUCUUUAGAAGAUCAAAUCAAGAUAUUAGAUAACGAAGAAAUAAAUCUUGAAGAAAUUUAUAUUAAGAAAAAGGAUGCACACUUGAAAAAAGAAUUAGAAUUUAGCAAAGUAGAAGAAGAGUAUAAGAAAGAGAAUAUUAUGUUAAUUAAUAAGGAAAACAAGUUAAAGAACGAUUAUAAGCAGUUAUUAUCCAAAAAGGAAAAAUUAGAUUUAAAGCAUGAUCAAUUACAGAAGGAGGUAACACAAAAUAAUGAACUUUAUGAGAAAUACAAAAUUGAAUUUGUAAGUAAAAAAGAAAAGGAAAGAGUCAAGAGAACUGAAAAUAGAUUCCGUGAAACUAGUAACCUUGAGUUGUCUGUUAAAGCUUUAGAACAGGAUAUAAACAGGUUGGAAAAUGAGAAUUCAACUUUAAGUAAUAUUGUUAAAUAUUAUAAAUAA